CCCUGUGAAUUAGUUGCAGCAAAGAGGUAGCGCGCCGGAAAGCUGCAGGAUAGCAGAGAAUAUAGUGCUCCAAACAUCAACAGAAGACCUGCAAACACGUCCAGUAUCUCCACGUCCAUCUCCUGGUCAACACACUGUGUCGCUUGUGUCGUAAAAUAAUUCCCCAAAGGGACCGAGGCUCAAAAGGACUGGUUUGCUCAGGCGAAGUCGACAUUGUGGCUAACAUUAGGCCCAGCUAGUGCUAGCCGAGGAGCUUUACUUUUGUACCAGCUAAAGCAAAACAAGGAAUGAGUAAUGACUUCUGUGGUCGUGUCAGACGGUGGAGGAAACAUUGUGGAGUAUGUCACCGUCGUGGAGGAACCACAGCAGUGUGUGCAGCAUCCUGCUGAAGAGGAGGAGGAGGAAGACGAUGAGGAGGUAGAGACAGUGAUCAUAGAGGGCGGCGAGGAGGUGGAGGAUGACGUGGAUGAGGAGGAGGGUACAGUGCUGCAGGAGGAGGACUGUCCAGCUGUAAUCGUGGAGGAGGUGCCCAGUGCCCAGGUGGAGGAGUGCUACUCAGCCCAGGUCCUGGUUUACAACGACGGGACAUAUUUGAUGCAGGACGUGGCUGAAGAGCAGGAGGUGGUCACUGAAGUGGCUGAAACUGUGGAGAUGUCAGGUCAUGACAUGGUUUCUUUUGACAAAACCUUUGAAGCAGCUGAAGCUCUUCUCCAUAUGGAGUCUCCUGGAGGAUUGCACAGUGAACGCAACACAGCAGAGGAUGUGAUGAUGGAGACAGUCGUGGAAGUGUCAACAGAGUGUGGGCCUUUAGAAGAAGAGUCCUUCCCUAUCUCUCCUGAAUGUGAACCUGCUGCCAAGAAGAAGCGAGGAAGUGGACGUAAGCCAAAGUUACACCAGCCUGCCUCCAAUGGCUCCUUUGAUUUAGGGAUCAAGAAAAGACCGAGAGAGGGCAAAGGUAACACCACCUAUCUGUGGGAGUUCCUACUGGAGCUGUUGCAGGAUAAAAACACAUGUCCCCGCUACAUUAAGUGGAUGCAGAGAGAGAAGGGAAUCUUCAAACUUGUCGACUCCAAGGCCGUGUCAAAACUGUGGGGGAAACACAAGAACAAGCCUGACAUGAACUACGAGACCAUGGGCCGAGCCCUGAGGUAUUACUACCAGCGAGGGAUCCUGGCAAAGGUCGAGGGCCAGCGUCUGGCCUACCAGUUCAAAGAAAUGCCCAAGAACAUACGCGUCAUUGAUGAGCAAGAGGAGGAGGGUGAGGAUGUGGAAGACGGUGAUGGUGUUGUGUCUGCUCAGCACCCAGCUCACCAACAGGGCUCUGCAAGUCUGGGCAGCACCUCUCUUGUUGGCCUCCAGCCUCAACAGACCUACGUCACUGUUAUCCCUAGCAACACCACCACCAGGCCCAUCCGAGCCAUGCCAGUAGUCAUGACCAACUCACUAGGUCAGGUGACAUUAAACUCUACGUCCAUUCUCACCACCACCACUGGAGUCCCUGUAACUGUGGCAAAUGCCAUGGCCAGCACUCCACCCAAACUGGUAAUCCAGGCUGUGCCCACUGUGCUGCCCACCAGCUCCAAAACAGGAGAGAAGAUCACCAUUAUCACCAUUCCAGCCAACCAGCUGGCCACACUCAUGCAGGGUAAUCCAACAGGCCAUUUAACACAGCUCAUCCAGGCCAAAACCAUCACCACGCAUCUGCCACAACCCACCUUGGAACCGUCUACAGUCCAGGUGAUGGCCAGCAGCUGCUCGGCACCGCAGCUCAUCCUGGCCAAACCAGCAGCACUGGCUCAGCAGCUGCCUCAGCUGCAGGUGAGCCACCCUCACACCACACUGGCCAAAGUCCCUACUCCACACCCAAAGCCCCCCCUCUGUCAGCCCGAGGCAGUACAAUCAGAAGUGGUCAUCGCAGAGGUGCCACAGCCCUGCAGUCCAGCAACGGCGUCAGGAAAGACCCAGUUAUCCUAAGAGCAGGAGGCUAGAGGAAGUAACCAUGGACAUAGACGCAGCCCCUACAGCCCCCCCUCCCCCCAUCCACUCUCCGCUUAUUGGUGUUCAGGGAAACUGAAGCCACAACCAAGAAUUAAAGGGACAAUUGCACACGCACUCACAGGUCCUUCAGAGGACAUGGGCAGCCUUAGAUUGUACAUUAAAAACCUCCUACAUGUAAUCAGAUCUAAAAUACAAAGCCCAGUGAGACUUUGUUGCAAACACAAGUGUAAAAAGCAUUUUUGAUACUCAGCAGCUAUGUCAAAGUCCAGGUGUAUUUAGAAAAAUCUGUUUGUUUCUUUGUUUUCAGUCUUUAGUGUUUGCAGAUGUCUGUUACUCUUCUCUUCUCCCAACACCCAGCAUCUUUUUCUCCUGCACACAGGAAGGAAGGAGGCGAGGGAAGGAGGGUGGAAGGGAGUAAGAAAAGAAGGGAGGAAGGAAGGAAGUAAAAAGAUAACUGCAUGGAGAUUAAAGAACUCAGUUGUGUGCUCCACAUUAGAAGUAUGAUAUAAUAUUUUCUUGUACUAUCAACGUAUUGAAGUAGAUUUUACUUAACUGUGUAUUAUAAAAGGAGAUAAUUGAUAAUGAAACAGUCCAUCGUUGUUUUAUACAGGCAUAAGAACAAUGAAAUGUUUUAAAGGAAAACCCUGUAA